AAAAUCCCUUUAUUUUUAUUUUGAAGACGUUCAAUUUUCACUGAUAUUUUUCUUUUUUGAAUAGAAAAGAGAAAAACUUUUUUCACUGGAAGGAGUGCUGGACCAAGUUUUGCUGAUAGAGUGUUUUGAAAUAUUAAAAUUACAUCAUGGGAGGAGGUGAUCUGAAUCUUAAGAAGUCUUGGCAUCCCUCUACACUGAGAAAUAUUGAAAGGGUUUGGAAAGCUGAGCAGAAGCAUGAAGUCGAGAAGCAGAAGAUUGAGCAGCUUCAAAAGGAACUUGCGGAAGAGAGAGCCAGGGAGGAAAUUCAGGCAUAUGCGGAAGAAAAGGGGGUAGUAAAGAAAAAAGAAGAAAAGUUAGAUUGGAUGUAUCAAGGUCCAGCUGCGAUGGUCAACCGAGAUGAUUAUUUGUUGGGUCGUAAAAUCGACAAAAGCUUAGAAAUGUUGCAGCAGCAAGAAAGUGGUGUUGAGUCGAAGAAAGAUGACAGUCCCGGGUCUGACCUAGUUCAACUUCAUCUAAGUUUUCACAAUAAUCAUCCGAUGAGCUGUCAUCUAGUUCAAAAGAACUGCAACUCUCUUCAAUCUCAGAAAGUUUUGAUAUUGGUGGUACCAUGUAUCAGUAGUCAAGAUCUGACUGGCACAGCUACUGUAGACUUAGCAAAUAAGAUUCGUGAGGAUCCGCUUUUCUGUAUAAUGAAAAAAGAAAAAGAACAGAGAAAAAAUUUAUUAACGAAUCCUGUGAAAAUGAAACAAUUGCAACAGCUGCUUCAAGCUUCUCUUGGAAAGAAAAAUAAGAAGCACAAGAAGGACAAGAAAAAGAAGCAUGCUUCCAGUGAAUCAGAUGAUGAAAAACCGGUGAAGAAAUCAAAAGAAACCCACAAAAGUUCUAAUUCAAAGGAUCAAAACACCUAUGAUAGAUAUUAUGAACCUGAAAAAAAUUUCUCUGAUAGAAAAUACAGUAAAACUUGUUCCUCAUCAAAUACAAAAUAUGAAGGGAAGCAAUCAAGCCGUGAAUCAUAUAAAACAUCCAAUGACUUUUAUAAAGAUUCCCAUAAAAGCACAAGGCAUCAAUCUUCACAAAACAGAGCUUAUGAUUCUGAGGAUGAGAGGCAUAAAAGUAGAAGUCAUCAUUCGAGGAAGCGAGAAGCUGAUUCAGUUCGUGAUCACAGGAGCUCAAAAUAUGAAUAUCAUGAACGAGAAGAUAAUUAUAGCAAGAAAUCAAGUUCUUAUCACAAGAAGGAUGAUUAUGAUGCAAGAGGAACUUCCAAAAAAAAACUCGAUUCAGCUGAAAGAGAGCGUCUCCUUCAAGAAAUGCAAGAUAACGCUAAAUGGCGAGAUGAACAACGGAAGCGAAAUACUCAAAGGUACAGAGCCGAAGAUGAAAUGGAAGACAAAUAUGAAAGACUCGACACUUCAGACUUCCUAAAGCCCGUCCUUGCCAAAGUUGCUGGGAAAGGAAGUCUAGAAAAUAGAGUUAAGCAGAAAAUAUUUUCUAUACAGAGGUCAUCAUCUGAUAUGGACAAAAAUUUUGCAAGGCGUUAACAAUCUGCUGGCUGAAAGAUGCGGUUCAAUUUCUUUCAAGUCAUCUGCAAAUAUUUUGAUUUUGCUGAGCGUACAAACGUCAUGUGGAAGACAUUAAAUGAUUAUUACAUUGUGGUUAUUUUAUAUGAAUGUUUUUCAUGUUUGUUUAUAUGUAAAAAUAUGCAUAGUAUUUAUAUGUAUCGCAUUUAUUGUUAGCUAGGAUUAAUUUCAAACAUUAUUUCAAAACAUUUAAGCUUCCAAUAUAUUUACAGAACAUUAUGAUCUAUUUUUUUAAUACAAAACUUUGUAAAAAUAGUUUAUUUCUGUAUGAUGUUUUUAUUCAUAACAUUUUAAAAAUUCUUUUACUAAGUACGUGAAAUAUACCGCCAGCUCAGUCAAUUCCAGCCUAGAACUGCAGUUUCGUGCUUAUUAGCACUCAUCAGCCCGGCAUAGGAGUGACCGAGCUGGAGGUGGAAAACCUCUUAAGGAAGCCAAGAGUGCCAUGAGCUGGCAGUGUAUUUCAUGUAUUUCUGCCUUAGCCCUGGUUAUAGGGCGGUAACUUACUGAGUCUUUUACUAAGUGUUUAAGAAAGUCCAUAUUGACUGGAGGAAACGAUUAUGCCAAAAUUUAUAUAUAUUUUUUAAUUAUCAAAAGAUUGUUAGACAUAAUUUCACAUCUCUAGUUGGAUCAACUAAUACUUUUGCAAUUGGAUAUGCUAUUAGAUUUCUGCCUAGUUUCAAUCAGAAUUUUAAUACAUGCAGAUUUCACUGUAUUCGCAUUCAGGGUUUUGAAAAACUAUGCAGGUACUUGAUUUUAAAGGUCAAGUUCAAAAAUUUUUACUGUAUGCAACACAUCCCCGUAACACUCUGUCAAAUCAGAAUCUGACCAUAUUUUUUGGUCACAAUCCAAAACGAGAAGAGUGAGGCAGAAGAGAAUUAAAUUUUAAAACUUGACUUUUAUUAAAAUAUGCUUUAAGUAUUUUUUAUGUGAUUGAAUGUAUUGAUGGAAUUUUUACAUUAGUUGCCUUUUUUUUUAUAGAGUGGUCUAGAAGUGGGCAUGAUGUUGCACAAGGUCAAGUGCCCUAAAGCUGACAUGUUCAAAGCAUUACCAAUUUUCUGAAAUAGAUUAGAAUGAGUUUUUCUUAAGGAAGAAAAACUUGUUCUAAAGUACUUUAGAAAAUUGAUCAUAAAUACAUUUUACAUUUAAGAUGUCAGCUUUAGGAGACUUUACCUUACUUAUUUUUUCUAAUGCAUAAGUGUUAAAAAUUGGGAUUUUUACUCCGAGUAAAAUCUUGUGUUGCUGAAGGAAGGCAGACUGAAAAAUUAUGGUAGCUUUUAACAAGACCUUAGCGAAAGAGUCUUUCUUCAACUACUACGUUGGAAAAUACAUAUCCCACCCUGACAAGGAGAAAGUGACACAGCUCUAAGUUUGGGGGAAAUGUACCAACUAUUGAUAUAGAAUCAAUUGUGACACAUCAUUAAAAUUUCAUAAUUAUUAAUUUUGACAGCAAAAACUAAGUAGCAAGCACCACAUUAUAAAUUUUUAGAGCAUAUAAUAGAGA